CGAAAACUUGGAUCCUUACCGAAAGAACGAGAAUCGAGCGUAAAGAAAACAAUUGGUUUGUACUGACUGAAGAGAAAAGUGUUGGAUAUUGAACUGAGAGUUUUCAAAUGUUUGGGACACGAUCACACAGCUCACUGGAAGUUAAUACGACCUUAUUGCUUUAUCUAUUUUGUCCUGAAGCUAUCUAAGUUUAAAAUUCUAUUUCUUGAACUUCAUAUUUCGUUGUGAUGGAUUACGAAGCAAAUGAAGAAGACGAUUAUGAUAGUGACUUUAUUGAUGAAGAUAUUGAGUCACGUCUUUAUAGUGCAGUAUUCUUUGAGACGUCGAGUUGCACACCUAUAUCACAUGAUCUGGUAUCGAGGCGAAUCGAUCCUAAUUUUAACGCCGCAUUAUUUUUACGCGAUUCGGAAUCAUCCAAAAGUUCUGUUUUCAUGCACAACGGCCGUGGAAACGACGAAGUCGCUGAUACAUUGACAAUCUCCCUUCAAGAUCAAAAAGACAGUUUCGAGGAUGAAUAUGAAAAAGAUACCUCAUCAUCAAGCUCUGGUUGUAGCGUUUUAUUGUGUGGUGGCAAUGAUUCUUCUGAAGCUGAGAUCAGUACUCAAGGUGUUCUUCUUGAUGUUUCUCACGAUACGCUACUACAUGUCGAGAGUGGAAAUAGCUCUUCAGUAGUAACAUGUCAGACAACAUUCAACGAUGAUCCUAAUUUGUGGAAGAUAUGUAAUGCUGAUAGAUACUCAUCACGUUCAACCAAUACCCGAUAUUUUAACAAUCUAGAUAAUUCAGUGUGUUCACAAUGUGGGAGUAAAAGACAAAAGUCUCAUAGAUGUUGUAUUUGCUGCAUCUUAUGUGGAGAAGAGGGUCAUGAGAAAAGUGAAUGCAAUAAAAUGUAUUGUUAUGCUUGUUUGGCGCCUGGUCACACAAAGUACGAAUGUCAUUUGUUGCGAAGUUUGAAAAAAUCAAUCUGCGAACGCUGUGGACAACAAGGACAUAAUUCAUCGCUGUGUACAGAAUUAUGGAGACAAUAUCGAAAUACCACAAGUAAAGGUAAACCAGUACGUUUAUAUGACUUUGUGAAAUCAAAAGGCUGUUGUAAUUGUGGCCGAAAAGGACAUACUGUUGAAGAUUGUCGUUGCAAACCUUUAAGAUCUAAUUUUAUUGGUCCUUUACCAAAAAGAAGAGUUUUGGUUUAUGAUAAAAAGGACAUAUACAAGUCUAUCCGUUCAAAGUUAACUAAAAUACGUGAAAAGAAAAAUAAAUCCAAAAAAACUACGGAGAAGGUAGACGAUUGCAUAGUAAUCGACUCUGAAAAUGAAAAUCACUUGUGUAAACGUCCCAAGUCAUCUAAACAGAAAAAAGAACAAUGUAAAAAAUUGAAUUGCCGAACUAAUUCUUCUUCUUAUAAAAAAUCUUGUAAACCUAUCAAUCAAAAGAAAUUACGGAAGGUCUUGGAACAAGAAUUGCCAUAUAAAGCCUCAUCAUCACCGUAUAUGAAUGAUUUGAGAAAGUCAACCAUGAAACAGCGAAUGGAUUUUGCACAAGGCGACGUUAUGUCAGCACUAAAAAGUAAAAAAACAAAAAAGAAUAAGAAAAAUGUCAUUGGUGGUAACCGAAAACUUAAGUCUCAAAGCAUUUCUUCAUCUCAUUCCAAAGUUUUCUCAUCAUCUUCUUGUAGUUGUAAUGCAACUUCAGACAACUUUUCUAUCACACAAAGAUGUAGAAAAAGACAAAAGUCAAGAUCUUCAGAAGACAUUUACAGUUCAAGUAUUUCAUAUUCACCAUGUCAGCAUACCUAUCAAACACCUAGAAAAUCAAAUAAGAAAUAUUCCUCUCAAUCUGUAAUUUCUUAAUAUAAACGAGAUUGUAUAAAUUGUUG